AUGAGCCGCGAUCGCUACUUCCAGCGCCUCCUGGACCUCCACGCCGUCGACGACGACCCCUUCUUCCCAUCCUUCCCCUUCCCUACCACCACCACCUCGUCCUGCCCCUACAUCUCCGCCUCCGCCCACCACCGCUUCCUCCUCGACGACCACCCCUUCUACCCGACCUCCUGCCCGCUCGGCUUCACCUCCCCCUCCCUCUCCCCCUCCCUGAUCGACACCUUCGACAUCGACCUCCUCCUGCCGCCUCACGCCGCCGCGCCCCGGUGCCCGGCCUUCGACUUCGACCCCUUCCUCCUCGACGCGCUCGGCCACCGCGUCUCCGCCCUCGAGCGCGCGCUCGCCCUCACCCCCGCCGCACCGCGCCGCAAGUACACCUACGCCGCCGAGGCCCACGGCAGGAAGGUCAAGUGGACCGCCGAGGACCGGCCCGCCGGCGGCCGGAACCUCAAGUGGGAGGCCGAGCUCAGGACCCCGCACCACGACGGCUUCGACCGCAAGUGGAAGUGGGAGUCCAAGGCGUCCGCCGCCGGCGCCACCAAGGUCAAGUGGGCCAAGGAGAUCAAGGGCAAGGGCUGCCUCGAGCCUUGGUCCAACUCUUACUCCGUCGAGGAGACCUACGGCGAUGAUGACCAUGAUGACGACAAGGAGAAGAAGCCCACUGACGUUAAGAAGAAAGUCAAGGAGGACAAGCAGAAAACGAAGAAGGGUAAUGUGGAGAUCGUCGAGAUCGAGGACAACACUGCCGGAUGCGUCGCCAUCAGAAAGGCUUUUGAAAUGAACCACUGCAAGGGCAAGAGGAAGGAACUUUCCCCACAGGAUGCCGCACUGCUCAUCCAGAUGAACUACAGGGCGCACCUGGCCCAUCGCUCCCAGGUGCUCCGUUGCCUUCGCGACCUCGCGGUUGCGAAAGCCAAGCUCAAGGAGAUCAGGUCCUUCUUCUACAACAUCUCAUACCGACGCCACAUUGCACAUGACACUGAAGAGCGCCAGAGGUUUGCUGAGAAGAUCAUUGUCCUGCUACUGACCGUUGAUGCCCUUGAGGGACCAGACUACAUGGUCCGCAAUGCAAAGAGAUCCAUGCUUGAGGAACUUGAGGGGAUGCUGGAGAUCGUGGACCCUCAGCCACCAGGGAAGCCGAGGACGCUUAGCCGCAGGAAGUUUGAUCUCCCAGAAGGUGGAGCCAUCCCAAAGGAGAUGAGGGAUGGUGUUAAGAAUGUCGUCAGAAUUGUGGAGGAUGGCAAGUGA